AUGGCCGAAGUAUCAUCAAGCUCACCAGUCCCCGACUCUGGCUCCUCCGCAGCCUCAGUAUCCUCCGAAAUUGCCGCCUCGGUAUCGUCUGCGGUGCUCUCCUCGAUUGAAGCGGCGCCUUCGAUAGUAACCGUCACAUCCUCCGGUCCUAUCGUCACCUCCGUCGCAACUGUCGCACCGGCCGACCCUUCCACUGUUGUGUUCACAUCACUCGUCACUGCCUCUCCCACAAUUCCAGGAGAGACUCCGACUCCAGUGGUCGUGGUCGUCACUGCUACCAGCACACCGACUACAACAGAAGUGGUGAACGAUCCUGUGUUGAGCACAACAGCAGCCGCAUCGUCUUCAUCCACGGCGGCAUCAGUGCAACCGGGAGCAAGCGAUGCGAAUGGUACAGAUGGCGGCCUCUCCGCCGGUGGAAAGACAGCAGUGGCUGUUGUCGUUCCAGUCGUCGCGGUAGCGCUACUGCUACUCGGUGGACUGUUCCUGUGGCGACGACGGAGACAACGCCAAACCCAGCAGGAGGCUCGAAGAAAGGAAAUCGAGGAAUAUGGUAUCAACCCGAACCACGACCCUACGAUGCCCGCCAUGGGUGCCGCGACGGGUUCCGAGAUGACGGAAGAUGCAUCCGGAUACAGAGGGUGGGGGAACGCGACGACUGCAACCCGGAAGACCUCAACAACGCUAUCAAACGGCCUAACGCAGCUCUCAGACAGCGGCAACUCCGGCGGCUACCAUAGCCCCGGCUCACCUACGCAAGGCACAGCCUCAGACGGCCGCUCGGGAGACCCGCUCGUAGACAAUCGGCGAGAGACAAUGGAUUCUGAAACCAUCGGCGCGCUUGGAGCAGCACCGGUCGCAAGUUCAAACCGUGCGGACGUCCGUCGUGGUCCUUCUAAUGCGUCGUCAUCAUACUCUGCCGGGAACCGAUCGGAUCAUUCUGACCCACCGGUGCCGGUGCCCAAUCCCCAGGACUAUUACAACGACAAUGCGUACUUCCAGCCUGGUCCGUACGGCGACGGCCCAUACGGCGGAGUCGUUCAACAACCGGUCAUUCGAGAUGUGUCAGCGAGGAGAAAUACGAGAAUAGAGAAUCCGAGCGUGUUCCCACAGCAAGGGAAUUCAGGUAUCGCGCAAAACUUCUGA